UUUCCAAAACAAUUCACCAUUGGUUCAGGGUUGUCAUGUUUGUUUUUUGCUGCACCGGGACGUGAGAUUUUAGUACUAUUUUUAAUUUUUUUUUUAUGUUGUAAGUUUUACAUCGCCGGGGAAAAUGGACGGCGAGGAAAAGGCUGGUGGAUGUGUUUCAGACGGUAAAGACGUGCCUGACAGAAUUAAGACUCCUUCUGUCGAGGACUUCGUUAUCGUGAAACCCAUCAGCCGCGGGGCGUUUGGAAAAGUCUUUCUAGCACGCAAGAAAAGUAACUCCAAGUUAUAUGCGAUAAAGGUUGUGAAGAAGGCUGAAAUGAUUAAUAAAAAUAUGGUAGACCAGGUUCAAGCCGAAAGAGAUGCACUGGCACUUGUUAAAAGUCCUUUUGUUGUGCAUUUGUAUUAUUCCCUGCAGACUGCCAGCAAUGUUUAUCUGGUAAUGGAAUAUCUUAUUGGUGGAGACUUGAAAUCCCUACUACAUAUAUAUGGUUAUUUUGAUGAGGUUAUGGCUGUCAAGUAUGUCUCUGAAGUAGCAUUAGCAUUAGAUUAUCUUCAUAGGCAUAGUAUAAUUCACAGAGACCUGAAGCCUGAUAACAUGCUUGUUUCAAACCAAGGUCACAUUAAACUAACAGAUUUUGGGUUAUCCAAAGUUAAUCUUAAUCGAGAAAUAAGUAUUAGUGAUAUUCUAACAACACCAUCUCUGGUGAAGCCAAAGCAAGACUAUUUUCGAACACCUGGGCAAGUGUUAUCUCUAAUAAGCUCUUUGGGACUUCAGACCACAGCAGAGCGUAAAUUAUCCUGUAAGUCAUCAUUUGGAAGUCCCAUGUCUUGUUCACCUGUGCUGAAGCCUAAAAGAGAAUUUCUGAGUUCUCCAGCUUAUAGCGCUAACAAACACCUUAUAUCACGACUUCCGAGCUGUGCAGCUAGUCCAUGUGUUCCUGUUAAGUGUCUCACUCCACGUUUCAUUAAUAGUAAAUCAAGAAAGCAUUUUGGUACCUCUAGUACCAGUAGCCAAUCUUGUCUGUUUCCAUCAACGGAGGAGUCAGAUAGCUGCAGCAGUCCACAAUGGAUUCUGGAUCGCCAGGAAACUGAAAUAAAGGAGAAUCUGCCGGACUCGUUGGCUACCAGUGAAACUAUCAAACCAGAGUCUAAGGCAAUGCCUGCUUUCAAGAUACUGGGGACUAAACUUAGUGCUACAAAACAUGAAAGAUUUACUGUUCUAUCAUCAGUUGAAAAUCUUCCAAGUCUAAGUAAAUAUGAGCAACAAGAUGGUGAUCUUUGCUUUCUAGCCUCGGCACAAAAUAAUACAACUGAUAAUGAAAACUGUGCCAAAACGAAAGUAUUAGUUCAUGAAGGUUCCCGUAUUAAAAUGUCCCAUGCAUUCAAUAUGAAUAUCAAAUCAUCUCCCCGAGCUUCAAAAUGUAUCCUUCCAAUGGAAAGUCCACCCUUACAAGCAGGUGAUGAUGAUCUGACAGGUUCUUUAAAACGAACCUUUGAACAGGUUGAUAGCAGCCCAGAACAGGAUGUUUUUCCUGUAAAGAAGAGCAGUUCUGUUUAUACUCGAGCAUUUGCAAUAGAAGAAGCUAGGCUCCCCACUAACACAGGUCUGUCUAUGCAUAUGGAGGAGCUCUCACUGCAGGCGCUCCAAGUCAGAGCAACUGCAGUAAACGAAUCAAACCAAAAACUGUUGAGACAAUUAAGUCCUGUUCCCGUGGCUAAAAACCUCUUUGAUGAGCUUGAUGACCAUUUUGAGAAGGGUCCUACCAAUGAGAUAAUGAAUUCAAGUUUUCAGUUGACAGAAGAGCAGGAUCCAAAGCUGUUCAGAAGUUUAAGUUUAGGUUCUGAUUGUUCAUUCAUUGAUAAUUCACUUCUUGAAAAUCAUUCAGUGAAAGAAACUGAAGAACUGGACCAAAGCAUAAAAGAUGAAUCCUAUGAUCUGUCUUUUGUGGAGUCUGAUGAAGCAGUGGAAUCAUCCUUAAAUACGUCCAAAGUCGCUGGCCAGGGUGCUAAAUCUCUUGAAACCAUCAGGAAAGAAAUGCCCAAGUCCAUCCAAGAACACUUUUUUGAUUUGCAGCCUUGUCUGCCAAUGCAACCUCCUGCUGUUUUAAAGCAUAAGAAUGUGGUGGCCUUCCGAAGUUACUGUAGCUCAAUAACUCGGUCCAAUGCCUCCGCAGCUUCACGAAUAAGCAUGGGUUCCGUUGAACCAAUGGAAACUUCAGCUGCUUCUCUUGGUGGAAUCCCUAUGGCUGUUACACCUGCACAAAAAGAUAAAUUUUAUAGAAGACCUGCAAUGUAUGAGACUCCAAAACAGACGUCCUCUCAGACUCCUUUCAGAACACCAAAAAGCGUGCGCAGAGGAACAGCACCUGCAGUGGGAGAGCGCAUCUUGGGAACUCCUGACUACUUGGCUCCAGAGCUGCUUCUGGGAAUGCAACACAAUUGCAUGGUUGAUUGGUGGGCUCUUGGUGUUUGUCUCUAUGAAUUCCUUACUGGCAUUCCACCAUUUAACGAUGAGACUCCACAGCAGGUUUUCCAGAACAUAUUAAAUAGAGACAUUACAUGGCCAGAAGGUGAAGAAGAGCUGUCACAAAAUGCCAAGAAUACCAUAGAAAGCCUGCUUACUACUGAUGCUGCUCAGAGGGCCGGAUUAAAAGAUUUGCAGAACAACCCAUUAUUUAAUGGCAUGGACUGGGAAAAUCUGCAAAACCAGCCUAUGUCCUUCAUACCCCAACCAGAAGAUGAAACCGACACCACCUACUUUGAAGCCAGAAAUAACGCACAGCACCUCACCAUUUCAGGAUUUAGCCUUUAGAUACGAACACGUUUACAUCCAGGUACCUUAAGUAUUAUAACACAGUAGACAAGCUGGCAGGCCAGUUU